AUGGUUGAGAAGGUAGAUGAAAAUGACGUGGUUGUCACAAUCGGAGUUUGUGCCAUGGCUAAAAAAGCCAUGUCAAAGCCAAUGAAGGAGAUUUUGCGAAGGAUGGACAAGUUUCAGCAUAUUCAGAUAAUAAUUUUUGAAGAGAAAGUGAUCCUCGAUUCUCCUAUCGAAUGUUGGCCCAUAUGUGACGCUCUUGUCAGCUUUUAUUCCGAAGGAUUUCCUCUCGAGAAGGCAAUAGCCUACUCGAAACUUCGGAAACCAUACCUUGUCAAUGAUUUGGAAUCGCAAUAUAUCCUGAUGGAUCGGAGACGUGUGUAUGAGUGUUUAACAAGAGAAGGUGUUCCGGUUCCAAGAUAUGCUUUCGUCGACAGAACAGUAGAAAACCCUGCAAAGGUCGUUGAGCUUGAUGAUUCUAUCGAGAUAAAUGGAGAGGUUUUUCACAAACCGUUUGUUGAGAAACCUUUGGAUGCAGAAGACCAUAAUGUGUAUAUAUACUUUCCUAGUAGUGCUGGAGGUGGCAGUCAACGGCUGUUUAGGAAGGUGGGAAACCGCAGCAGCAAGUACUUCUCACAUAGUAACAUACGGACCAAUGGAUCGUAUAUGUAUGAAGAAUUUAUGCCAACAGAUGGUACUGAUGUAAAGGUGUACACAGUUGCAGAUGAUUACGCUCAUGCAGAGGCUCGAAAAUCUCCUGCUUUGGACGGGAAAGUGGAAAGGGACCAUGAGGGCAAAGAAGUUCGUUAUCCCGUGAUAUUGACACCGAGAGAGAAAAUUAUCGCUAAGAAAGUGGCAAAAGCUGUACGACAACAGAUCUGUGGAUUUGAUUUGCUUCGGGCUAAUGGCAUGUCCUACGUCUGUGAUGUAAACGGGUUUUCGUUUGUAAAGUCUUCUAAGAAGUAUUAUGAUGACUGCAGUCAUAUCCUAGGCGUACUUAUUACACGGAAGAUAGCCCCUCGUUUGUGUCUCCCAGCUAACUUACCUCCAGGUACAGAUGUUGAUACACCAUUGGUGCCAACAACGUGUGGAACGAUAAUGGAACUUCGGUGUGUGAUCGCAGUCAUUCGUCAUGGAGACAGAACACCAAAGCAGAAAAUGAAAAUGGAAGUUUGUCAUGAAAAGUUUUUCUCCUUCUUUACUAAAUAUGCUGGCGGUUGGGCUCAUGAACUAAAAAUUAAACGUCCAACUCAAUUGCAGGAGGUCUUGGACAUCGUGCGAUCAAUUUUAGAUGAGAUUGAUUCUGGAAAAUGUACUGAUAAUCGUCUUCUGAGAAUCAAACCGAAAUUUGAACAGCUGAAAUACGUUUUAGAAAUGUAUGGAUCGUUUAGUGGAAUUAAUCGCAAAAUUCAGUUAAAAUACCAACCACUUGGAAUUGGCAAAGGUUCAAAGAUUGGUUACUCAAAUAGUGUCUUGACUCCAUAUGAUGGGACUGAUGGUGCAGAUAAUUCCCAACCGACUUUGUUGGUUGUUGCAAAAUGGGGUGGAGAACUAACAGCUGCGGGAAAACAGCAAGCGGAAACUCUAGGCAAAGCAUUUCGUUGUAUUUACCCUGGUGGGGAUGGUCAUUAUGGCAAAGAUCCUGGUCUUGGAUUAUUGCGAUUGCACAGUACGUAUCGGCAUGAUUUGAAGAUAUAUGCAUCUGAUGAAGGUCGAGUUCAAAUGACAGCAGCAGCUUUCACUAAAGGUUUCCUGGCACUAGAAGGUGAACUACCACCGAUACUCGUUCAAAUGGUCAAAUCAGCUAAUACUAAUGGUCUUUUAGACAAUGAUAAUGAUUGUCGUCAUUAUCAACAAAUGGUAAAACGUCGCAUAAACGAAGUGAUGUCAAAAGAUAGUGAUUUCACGGCCGAAGAUAUUGCUACGCUUGUGCCUACCGGUGCACGUUCCAUUGUUAAUGCAAUGCACUAUGUUGACAAUCCAUAUAGAGCUUGUGAACGAUUAUUUGAACAUGUCCGUUUGUUGUCUAAUCGUCUCGCUUGGCUCUCUGGGAGUCCUAAAGAAAGGAGUCGAAUACAUUUAUAUCAAGGUGAAAGCUGGGACUUGCUACUAAGACGAUGGGGGAAGUUGUUGAAAGAUUUUCGGUCUCCUGAGGGUGAAUAUGAUCUCUCAAAAAUUUCCGACAUUUACGACAACAUAAAAUAUGAUCUUCAGCACAAUUCAGGUAUUUUAUUGGAGUCCGAAGUACAAGAUUUUUUCAUGUGUGCGAAGUCACUAGCUGAUAUUAUUGUCCCACAGGAGUAUGGUAUAACCAAGGAAGAGAAACUUGUAAUUGGUCAACGUAUUUGUACUCCACUUAUGCGAAAAAUCCUCUCAGAUGCACGUUAUACGGACGUCGAUGAAUGUACACGAUUGCAUGCUGGCCAUCGCCCAAAUCACGGUGAACCUUGUCCUGAUUGUUAUUCAAAAGGAGUUGCUUCCCCAGAACGAUUCGUUAGAAGCCGAUUAUACUUCACUAGUGAAAGUCAUAUUCAUUCAUUACUCACGUGUUUAAGAUAUGGUGACUUAGCGGAUGUUUUAACAGAUGAACAAUGGAGACGUGCUAUGGAUUAUGUAUCAUCUGUUUCUGAAAUCAAUUACCUUGCUCAAAUUGUGAUUAUGAUUUAUGAAGAUCCUACAGUGGAACCAAAAACUGAAAAAAGGUUCCAUGUUGAAUUACACUUUAGUCCUGGUGCUUUUGCGUUGUGUCAUGAUCUUCCUGAAGGCAGUGGAUUUCGAUCUGGUAAACUGGAGCGUCUCAAUUCUCAAGUUAGUGUAGUAAGUAGCGGUACAUCAGUAGAUAAAGGAAGCUCCGACUCAAUGCCUCAGUCACUGAUGCCAUCUAUUGGUCGUUCAGUCUCUACAUGUGAACAAGACAAGCGCUUGGCCCCCGAUAAGCAAAGUUCGAAACGAUCAGAUCAGGGUAUUGAACAUUGUCCCAAUCCUGAGUCAUUUGAUUCAAGCGAUUUGUCGUUUUCUGGAUCUUAUAACAGUGAUAGGUUUUCUCGUUGUCCGUCGUGUAGGUCUAACAGUGUACAGUCGAAAGGUCUACCCCCUUUAGAUACUUUACGUUGGAGUUUCGAUAGCGACAGCUGUGAUAUAUGCAAAGAGUGUUGUUGUGAAUCUUCACACAUCAAAAAUUUAGAACAGUGUUCAGUACGACGAUCAAAUAGUGUUAAAUUUUGUCAUAACAUUCUUCAAAAAGGCUCCUGCCCUGGUAAACAUGAUGAAACUUUGACUGUUAGUCACAGAUCACAAUCUCAAGGUCGUCCUUCUGUCCUGCCAUUAUCACCUGUGCCAUCUGCUUCUACUCUAGAAUACACAGGAACUCCUACAGCAUCGAAUCCGGAAGUAGGCGUUGGACGAUUUACUGUCACACGAUCAAAUACUGAAGAUAAUAACCUGAGUCAAAAUUCCCCGUGUAGAUCAAAAAUGGAAAAAAUGCUUCCAUCUUUUUACACAAGUAGAUUGGGCGCAUGUCAUUUGAAACGUUUUCCACGUUCAGAGUUUUCCGAACAUGCGAUUCGUAAUCGAUCUUCCAUUUCAUGCUCCCCUGAUGUUCACCGGAAAACAAAGGAUUUGGACAGUGCACUCCUGUCAAAACCCAGAUAUUCAUGUUUUACAAAAUUACUAAAGACAGGAAGUAAAGCAAAUGACUCAGGAGAUAUUAAAGAAUCGGAUUUCAGUAGAGAAUUAGUUCUUGAUUAUGCCUACCUGCGUAACAACACUUCACAUUUCUCACCUGUAAUGCAAUGGCUUUCAAUGCAACCAGAACACGCAGUCAAGUUCGAUGGGAAUUAUAAUGAAAAGGAUUGUGAUUCAGCCUUAAUCAGGGAUAAAAGAUCACGAGAAACAAUACCGUGUACAAAUGCAGAAGCUAUUAAAAAUGAUGAACGUAGUUCGGUUAGAUUAAAUCGUCAUCAUAGUGCUAGUUCCGUACGUUCGCUAACCAAUCAAGUCACAUCUCCAAAAAGGAAUCUGGUGAUUCCCUUGUCCACGUCUCCUACACAAACAUCUUUGACUCCAAUUCUUCCUGAUGAUCCAUUAUCUACAAUGCUUCAUCCCAGUGGAUCAAUUCAGUCAAUAAUGGAACCAUCAGGAAGUCAAACAAAUUCUGUUGCACAAGCAAAUAGCUUACUGACAUCUACCGGACCAGAAACUACAAUUGAUGAUGCUAUCAUCAAUCAAGCUUUGAAUGCUGUUACCUAUCCUAGUCGACAAAGUCCAUAUCACUUAGAUAUUGGACGUCUUAUUAGAGCUGUUGCUUUAGGUGCUCCGUUUGCUCCACCGUUAUGUCGUAGUCUUAUUAGUACAGCUGUUAUCCGUGGUUCACGUGAUGAUGGCCAAGCAUCCAGUAGUGUUCCUGAUUUUAAACGUCUGUCAGAAGAUUUGAAUUUUGCACCACGAACUUUAACACCUGGAAGUUCUAAAGAUUUUCUGGUCCCUAGUGCACCGUGUGUUCCUGAAGUCUAUCCACUGGAAACUCUACACAAUGAUUUAACACUAAGUCAACUGGAGGCAUUUUUCGUUCGCUUAACCACCCAUAAAUUUCCAACUCCAUUUACAUCUCCUCAACAUCCGUCUACUCCCGUCAGUUAUUAUCAUCAUCAUCAUCACCAUUCACAUCAACAUCCUUCUCCAGUGAAUCCUGAUGCCGUUAAUCGUUAUCAAGAUUCAAAUACCAGUAUUUUGAAUGCAUUUUCAGUCACUCUUGGGGAUGAUACGACAGCUCAAAGUUGUUCUAAUACUGUCGAUGAAAUUCCACUUGAAACACAACAGAGUACAUUGUUAGAUGAAAAUUUGGAUGUCACAUCAACGAAACAGUCUAUUUCAGCUUUUCAUCUAGUUACCUCGAACACUAAAGCAUCAUUAUCUUUGAUGGAAACGGGACAUCCAGAAAAAGAGACAGAAGAAAAACCUAAGCCUAAUCUUUCAUCUAUAGAUAAUUAAAGAUUUACUCUCCGCUAUGACUUCUUCCACAUGUACAUGAAUUCAACUGAAUUUUGGAUCUACAAUACCUUUUUUUAAACAUGUUGUGUACUUCUUAUGAAUAUUACUUGAUUUACUGAAACACUAAUUACCUGAGAUCUCACAUAUUUUCUAACUUAUUUCUAAUUUGUUUUUUUGUACACAGC